GUCGGAGAAAAGAAAAACCCAUAUAUUUAUAUUUGCUAGGGCAUGUCAAAUUGUCCUAAAUGCUGUGAGCAUAAUGUUUAAAACUGUACUAGUAUAAGUUUAGUUAUUUUGCAGAUAUACAUGACAAUGUUUUGUUGACAGGGUGCUGGGCAUAGCCAUGACGACAUGAAAAUGAUUUAAUCUUACCAGGGGGUAUUUGUUUUCAUAGAUUUUUAUUUCAAUACUUCCAUAUUUAGUAGACCUAGAAGAAUGAAGUAACACAGUUGACCAUUACUAGGAAUGAUAUCGUAAUAUAAGAUAACAGAUAUACUUAUUGUAAACACAUUCCACUGAUCAACUUAUCAAUUUCCAAAUAUAAAAUAAACAAUAUUUUUUAAUUUAUAUUCCAACGCAUUGACAUAGUGUAUGGUAUUUAAAUAUCAUUUAAUGAUUUUAUUAUCCUUUAAAUUGUAUACAAUUUUAACAUGUUUUUUAUUAUAAUCAUUUUGAGCUGAACAAGCUCCGUAUUUGUUAUAUUAAAACACAUGGCAUGUUUGCAGAAAUCAAACUUUAAUCAAAUCAACAUAAUGUGUCAUUUUGAUCCACUUUAUAUAAUGUGGGAUGUCUCAAAACAUGUAUGUACUGUGGGACGUCUCAAAACAUGUAUGUACUGUGGGACGUCUCAAAACAUGUAUGUACUGUGGGACGUCUCAAGACAUGUAUGUACUGUGGGACGUCUCAGGACAUGUAUGUACUGUGGGACGUCUCAAAACAUGUAUGUACUGUGGGACGUCUCAAAACAUGCAUGUACUGUGGGACGUCACGGGAUAUAUAUUUACUAUGGGACGUCUCAGGACACGUAUGUACUGUGGGACGUCAUGGGAUAUAUAUGUACUGUGGGACGUCUCAGGACAUGUAUGUACUGUGGGACGUCACGGGAUAUAUAUGUACUGUGGGACGUCUCAGGACAUGUAUGUACUGUGGGACGUCACGGGAUAUAUAUGUACUGUGGGACGUCUCAGGACAUGUAUGUUCUGUGGGACAUCACGGGAUAUAUAUGUACUGUGGGACGUCACGGGAUAUGUAUGUACUGUGGGACGUCUCGGGACAUGUAUGUACUGUGGGAAGUCUCGGAACCGUAUGUACUGUGGGACGUCUCCGGACAUGUAUGUACUGUGGGACGUCUCAAAACAUGUAUGUUCUGUGGGACGUCUCAGGACAUAUAUGUACUGUGGGACGUCUCAAAACAUGUAUGUACUGUGGGAGGUCACGGGAUAUAUAUGUACUGUGGGACGUCUCAAAACAUGUAUGUACUGUGGGACGUCACGGGAUAUAUAUUUACUGUGGGACGUCUCAGGACAUGUAUGUACUGUGGGACGUCUCGGGACAUGUAUGUACUGUAGGAAGUCUCGGAACCGUAUGUACUGUGGGACGUCUCAGGACAUGUAUGUACUGUAGGACGUCUCAGGACAUGUAUGUACUGUGGGACAUCUCAGGAUAUGUUUGUUCUGUGGGACAUCUCAGGAUAUGUAUGUUCUGUGGGACAUCUCAGGAUAUGUAUGUCUUGUGGGACAUCUCAGGAUAUGUAUGUACUGUGGGACAUCUCAGGAUAUGUAUGUUCUGUGGGACAUCUCAGGAUAUGUAUGUCUUGUGGGACAUCUCAGGAUAUGUAUGUUCUGUGGGACGUCUCAGGAUAUGUACAUUGUUUGUACUGUGGGACGUCUCAUAUGGGGAUGUGUCUAUGCUGUGGGACCCCGUCUCAGGACAUGUAUGUCUUGUGGGACAUCUCAGGAUAUGUUUGUUCUGUGGGACAUCUCAGGAUAUGUAUGUCUUGUGGGACAUCUCAGGAUAUGUAUGUUCUGUGGGACAUCUCAGGAUAUGUAUGUCUUGUGGGACAUCUCAGGAUAUGUAUGUACUGUGGGACGUCUCAGGACAUGUAUGUACUGUGGGACGUCUCAGGACAUGUAUGUACUGUGGGACGUCUCAGGACAAGUAUGUACUGUGGGACAUCUCAGGACAUGUAUGUACUGUGGGACAUCUCAGGACAAGUAUGUACUGUGGGACAUCUCAGGACAUGUAUGUACUGUGGGACGUCUCAGGACACUAUGUACUGUGGGACUUCUCAGAAUGUUAGUACUAUGAUGAGCCAGUACUUAGGUUACUGACCUACUACACCAUGGUGUAACACAUACUCUGUAUUAUUACAAAAUAAAGUCUAUACUCAGGUUC